UGUAGCGAAUUUGGGAAUAAUCUGAGAAUGAGAUGCCCAGGCCUGAUCUCAGACGGAGACAGUGGGAGGCAGCAGAGGGCACGGAUGGACGCACUGCGGGCCUGGACCCACAGAUUCGGUCCAACAGCCGGGACCAGUGAGUUUCGUGUCCACCGCCGCUCGGAGGCCGAGAGCGCCACAUUGCGCCUGCGCACAAAGCCUCAGGGCAAUGCGAGAAAGUGACCGGUUAACUAGACGCGGAUAGGACAGCUGCUCAACCAGUCUGCGCAGGCGCGUUCCGCCCACAGCCACUGCUCGGUGCGCAAGCGCCCAUCCUAGUCGCCUUCAGGUCCUGUAAACAGAGGGCUCCACUGGAGACAACUUCUGCUUCCGGGUCACGUCUUGACAGCGGCUCUCACGACCCAGAUCAACCCCGCGGUUUGGGAGCAGAUGUGAACUGUACCCAUGGCACACUGAAGCCGCUGCACUGCGCCUGCAUGGUGUCAGACGCUGAUUGUGUGGAGCUACUCCUGGAAAAAGGAGCUGAGGUGAACGCCCUGGAUGGUUACAACCGAACAGCCCUCCACUAUGCAGCUGAGAAGGAUGAGGCUUGUGUGGAGGUCCUCCUGGAGUAUGGUGCAAACCCCAAUGCACUGGACGGCAACCGAGACACGCCACUACACUGGGCGGCCUUCAAGAACAAUGCUGAAUGUGUGCGGGCCCUCCUCGAGAGUGGGGCCUCUGUCAAUGCCCUGGAUUACAACAACGAUACCCCGCUCAGCUGGGCUGCCAUGAAGGGAAAUCUGGAGAGCAUCAGCAUCCUUCUCGAUUAUGGCGCAGAGGUCAGAGUCAUAAACCUGAAAGGCCAGACACCCAUCUCCCGCCUGGUGGCCCUGCUAGUCAGGGGGCUUGGAACUGAGAAAGAGGACUCUUGCUUCGAGCUCCUCCAUAGAGCUGUUGGACACUUUGAAUUAAGGAAAAAUGGCACCAUGCCACGAGAAGUGGCCAGAGACCAGCAGCUAUGUGAAAAACUGACUGUUCUGUGCUCAGCCCCAGGAACUCUAAAAACACUCUCUCGCUAUGCUGUGCGCCGUAGCCUGGGACUCCAGUAUCUGCCCGAUGCAGUGAAAGGCCUUCCACUGCCAGCUUCUCUGAAGGAAUACCUGUUACUUGUAGAAUAGCCUGGAGGAGACGUUUGCACCAUCACGCAGGCAACUCUGGGUGAGGUAUUUUCCUCCUGCAGUACUGUCUCUCUGUCUUGGAAAACAGGAAAAGCCGUUGUUCCUGUUGUGUGGUUUUUAUUUUGAGGCAACAUGUCACAACAGUAAGCUCCACACCAUCUCCCCUCCCCCAACCAAGCUACCAACCAAACAAAAACCUCUCACUGUUUUCUGUGUACUGCUUACUUGGCUUCUUCUAUUGCACCCUGCAAAAAAGAGAUCUCUCUUAUCUUCCCCUUUUGGGAAAAUGUCAACAGCACAACUACAUUUCUCCAGGAAGAUGAAAAUCACUUAAAGAACGUGUGUUUGGUUUUCCUUUGGGGACAUAAUUAAUGUUUCAGAAGAACCCCUCUAGAAGCAUUUUAGUUGAUCUGUGAACAAGUUUAAGAAAAUUCCAGCUAACAUUAUGGCCCUCAAAUGAAAGUACUACAGCCUCAAAUAGUGUGCAGAUUGAGAAUUGGCCUGGGUGGUGUCCCUAGAAUGCCACAUUAUGGGGCAUUCAGAAGGGACUGGCCCCCUUUCUCACCAACAAAGGAAACAGUAGUCUUUGCCUCUUUUUCAUGGUUGUGCCCAAGGGUUACAAUGUCGAGCAAUGUUAUUUCAGAAAGAUUGUCUCCGGGCUUUCCACAUAGUAGAAGAGAUAGCAGGUCCUAAGCAGUCCUAAGAACUUUUCUUCUAAUGCAGUUCUUUCUCUUCCUGAAAGCCGGUUUGCUCUAAUGGCUUAGCAGGCAUUUCCCGCAUCAUAGACGAAGGUGUCUGCUCUAGUGGAGGAGGAGUUGGGCUGCCUUUUCCCACGAGUCUUCCUCAUUCCCUAUACGAAGCUCACUCUGCCAAGAGUUUGGAGUUAUUUUUCUUUCAGUUGUUUUGGAAACUUUGUUUUUUACUGAUCUGUAUAAGACAUUGGUCGGGGUGGGUGGGGGAAGAGCAUUACAAGAGCUUCUUUUGAGAUGGCCCACCUACCCAAAAGUAAUCUGUGUUAGUGACCAAUACUUAGUCAACAGUACUCUUCUUUUUUCUGUUCCUAAACUAGAUCAAGUUGUUAUUGAUCUUAGAUGAUCUGUAUGCAAAUUUGAAAAAACUUUUUUUAAAAACACUGAUUGGGAACUACAAAUAAAACUGAACAGAAUCGGCUGACACAGAUAAUUUUAAAAAGUAUGUCUGCUUUUGCCCUUUUGCUAUUGGUGUUUUUGCUCACUUCAAAAAAAGAAAUAAACAGUUCUAAAGCACGUCUGGCAAUUUCUACUGUUCCUACUUUUCUCCACGAUUUAAUCACCGAGCCCCCAUGUCCUCAUCUCUGAAAUGGGGCUGUUACCACCUACCUCAUAGGCUGU